CCGAAGGCGGUGAAAGUCUCAGUGGUUGCGCCACAGCCCAAGGGGACGAACGAGACCGGUGGGACGCGCUGGAGACUCUUUAUAGUCCUGUCAGGAGUCGGAGGCCUGAGGGUUCCUUGGAUGAUGGUGCACUGAGAAGCUUUCCCUGAGCCCAGGCCCUCAUGACAUCCCAAGACAAAGAUGUGGGGCCCUCACUGCACUCUCCUUGGGCCUCCCAGAUGGGACCCUGGGAGGCCAUUCUUAAGGCUGCCAGGGAGCAGCUUCCGUCUCUGGACUCGGAUUCCUCUUUGUCAGACUACGGAGAGGAGGAGCUGUUUAUCUUCCAGCGAAAUCAAGCACCCCUGAUUCCAGACUUGUCAGAAGAGCUGGCUGAAGACGCUGAUGGGCCCUGGGUGGCUCUGGCCGCCAGGUCUCCUCCUGAGCCACCUGUGGUGCCUAUGGAUUUCUCACCGGAGCCCUGGGGUGAAUGGAAUGCAAGGACAAUGGAAGGAGGGGCCCCUGGCCAGCCCUUGCAGAGCAGUGGUGACAGCAGCUCUGUUCUUAGGGUGCCAGAGGCGAACCCCACAUGGCAGGAAGGCAACCCUGGGGGCAUGUCCUUCAACAACAAAGGAUCCCCACAUCCUCCUGGGGGGUCACAGGGAGAAACCACCCUCUGUCUCCCAGAAGGAGGCAUGAGGAUGGACCCAAAUGCUGCCUCCUGGGUUGGGGAGGGCUCAGACUCUGGAAACUUGAAAGCCCUCCGAAGGGAGAGAAGGAAGAUGAUCGAGAGAGACCUACUUCAUAAAGUCACCUGGGGUGCCCGGGGCCCUGCCUGCAGUGACCGCAGUCAAGUGAAGGAGACUCCCUGUGAAGCUGCAGUGUCAGGUCCAAGACCAGGAACGCCAGCACAGGGGCCCCAGGAAGGCUUGCCAGUGCUCUCCCUCCAGCAACUUGAAGAGUGGGAUUUGGAUCACAUCCUUCAGAGUCUGACUGGACGAGAAGACGACCACGGAGAUCUCAUGCCUGGAACUGUGUGGUGGGCAGCUGAUCGCCUCCAGGGCCGAGAUCAUGCUGAGCCCAGUGCCCAGGACAGGCUCAUGGAACAGCUCACACUCCUAUGUGCCACGAAGUCUGGAGUCUGGAAAGUGCCUGCUGACGUGCCCCAAGAUACUGAGCAGCUGGAGGCCACAAGCAGAUGUGCUUUGACCGAGCUGGGCUUGCAGGCGAAGCUGAGUCAGCAUCGGCUGAGAAACCCAGCAGAGCCUCCUACCGUCUUCAUUGACCUGAGGCCCACCAAGCCAUCAGACCAGGGGUCACUGGAAAGCUCCAGCUCCAGCUCCUCUGACAGCGAGGAGGCAGGGGAACAGGAGACAGCUGCUCGGAGAGAACAGCAGGGCCCAGAAGGGCUACGGGACUGUACCGGGAAAAGUCAGCUUCUCCAGCAACUCAGGGCUUUUCGGAAAGGCAUGGCUCAGCCCCAGUUGCCUGCCAGCAAGGGUCCUAAAAGCCAGAAGGCUCGGGCCCUUGAAGAUACAGCUGGAUCCAGGACUGGGAAGAAGCAAGACAUAACACUUUGAGCUGAGAGGCAGAGUGCCCUGGCCAGACUCUCAGGAGGAAGUCCCGGGGCCUUGGGGAAC